UUGUGUAGACUGCAAGCAGUCCCCAGUACCACCCUAACGUCGCCCCGCCGAAGACGAGGACGGAGAGGUAGCGGAGCAAAUGGACGACGAGAUUGAAGAAGGCAUGUUGGUGGACGAAGACGCUCGCUCGCCGGAGCAGCAGCAGCAGCCGCCGCGGCCGCCACUGGAGCGCAAGGCGGAUAAGUCGCCGUACGAGAUGCUGAGAGAGAGCAAGAGCUCGGUGGAAGAGAUCGUAGCUCAGAUUCUCUCGAUUAAGAAGCAAGGCCUGCCAAAGCCUCAGCUCAGAGAGCUCGCCACUCAGAUGUUCCUCCACUUCGUCAACCUCCGCCAGGCAAACCGCUCAAUAUUGUUAGAGGAAGACCGGGUAAAAGCAGAAACAGAGCGAGCAAAAGCACCAGUAGACUUCACAACUUUGCAGCUGCACAAUCUGAUGUAUGAAAAGAGUCAUUAUGUAAAAGCAAUUAAGGCAUGCAGGGAUUUCAAAUCGAAAUAUCCAGAUAUUGAACUCGUCCCAGAGGAUGAAUUUUUUCGUGAUGCACCUGAAGAGAUUAAAGACUCAGGAUCCCUUAAUGAUGCGCACGAUCUGAUGUUAAAAAGGCUUAACUUUGAGCUCUUCCAGCGCAAAGAGUUAUGUAAACUUCACGAAGAAUUGGAAAAACGUAAAAAAGGCCUCUUGGAGACCAUUGCUAACCGGAGGAAGUUUCUCUCUAGCCUUCCCUCACAUCUAAAGUCUCUUAAGAAAGCAUCCUUGCCAGUGCAGAACCAGUUAGGGGUUCUGCACUCAAAGAAGCUGAAGCAGCAUCACUCAGCAGAGUUGCUUCCACCACCUCUAUUUGUGAUUUACUCGCAGUUAGUGGCACAAAAAGAAGCAUUUGAAGAGAGAAUUGAGGUGGAGAUAGUUGGAAGCGUGAAAGAUGCUCAAUCCUUUUCACGCCAGCUAGCCAACAAGGACUCUGGCAUGUCUGCCAACUCAGACAGCUCAAGGUUGGAUGAUGAUGCUGUUGAUGAAGAUGAUGAUGGGCAGAGAAGGAGAAAAAGGCCAAAGAAGGUUCCAGUCAAAGAGAAUCUCGAGCAGACAGGGUUUUAUCAAGUUCAUCCCCUGAAGGUCAUCCUUCAUGUAUACGAGGAUGAAGCUUCUGAUCAGAAAUCUUCAAAGCUUGUGACUUUGAAGUUUGAGUAUAUGUUGAAGUUAAAAGUCGUAUGCGUUGGAGUAGAAGGUUCCAACGAUAGACCAGAAGAUAACAUCUUAUGCAACUUAUUUCCCAAUGACACUGGGCUUGAGCUUCCUCAUCAGUCAGCCAAACUAGCUGUUGGUGACACCCUUAAUUUCAAUGAAAGAAGAACUUUACGUCCUUAUAAGUGGGCCCAACAUCUAGCAGGAAUUGAUUUCUUGCCAGACGUUUCACCAUUGCUUACUGGCCUCGAGAGUGCAAAUGGUGACAUUUCCAAAAGUGAAGUUGUUGCAUCUGGUCUUUCGCUAUACCGCCAGCAGAAUCGUGUACAGACAGUUCUACAGAGAAUUCGGUCUCGAAGGAAGGCUCAGAUGGCUCUUGUGGAACAACUUGAUGCACUUGCGAAGCUCAAAUGGCCUGCACUAAAUUAUAAAAGUGUUCCAUGGGCCACGCAUUUCCUCUCAUGUAAUUUGCAUGGCUGGUCAUCCAUUGGCUCUGUCUCUAGCGAGCCUUCAACUUUACCUGUCAAUCAUGUGGAACAGGUUCCAGAGCCUAUAGAUGCCAAUCCUGAGGGAUCAUCUAGUAAAGAAAAAAAUGAGCUAGAGGCUCCAAGUGAGGAUGGGGAGCUUCCAUCUUUUGCAAUUGAUGCAAGAUCUCCUUUCAGAGGUUCCAACCUUGAAAACUCGAGGCAGCGGGCUAUGAUUUCAAAAGGCAUAUCCCCAAUUAAUAAGGCAAAAUCACUGAGUUUCAAGAAACAAGACGAGGAUUUAGAUCUCCUGUUAGACACUGAUAGUGAUCCAGAUGAACCUCCUAAAUUUGAACCAGAGGCAGAAAAUGUAGCUCCUUCUGAAUGCUAUGAGGUGGCAGAGAAUCCAUGGGUGAACUGUGGGGUCAGAGAGUUUCUUCUUCAUCUAACGAAGAAACUAAAUGCAGAUGACCAGAAUGUAAAGCUGGAAGCAAAGAUUAAAGUAAGCAUGGAAUAUCCACUCAGGCCUCCAAUUUUCUCAUUAAGUCUUUACCCUGAUAUGUCUGGAGGAAAUCUCUGCAAGAUUGACGAUGUUGGGUGGACUAAUGAACUUCGUGCUAUGGAAGCAGAGGUCAAUCUUCACAUGGUAAAGAUGCUGCCUUUGGUCCAUGAAAACUAUAUUUUAGCUCAUCAAGUUCAUUGUCUUGCUAUGUUGUUUGACUAUUACAUGGAUGAGAUAUCUCUGUCUGCGGAAAAGAGAGAGAGCACUUCCAUCGUUGAUGUUGGUUUGUGCAAACCUGUCAGUGGUAUGCUUCUUUCUAGAUCAUUCAGAGGACGGGAUCAUAGGAAGAUCAUAUCCUGGAAGAGUGCAAAAUAGUUCACAUGAAUCAUUGAGAAAAAGCUCCCGUUUUGAUCAGCGGAGGACACUGACUUUACUGCUAUUGUCUCUGUCUGUUUGCCGUACUCAGUUUUAUACAGUGUUAUCAAAUUCAAUGCCAACUAGCACCUAUAGAGACAGAAAGUUCAUUUCUAUCUUUCUGAAAGUAGGCAGCUGGUGAGCAAAUGUUCCUUUGACAGAAUAGAAUGAUAUUUGCUGUAGUAGUGUACGAUAUUAUUUUAGCUCAUGGUUUGGAUGAGGAAAAAUUUGUCCACAUUUUAGAGUACUUCCUGUCUGGAUGUUAAGCUGUUUUUUA